UCAUCUAUAAAAAUUAUAAAUUAAUUUUUGAUUUUAAUUACACAUGGAUUUCGUAAUUCGUGUAUAUAUAUGUUGUGAAAAAUCAGUACAAAUAAUAAAUAUAAUAUAAAAUGGCGCCUGGGGUCGAUAAUGACAGCACACAUACAAAUUCACAGUCACGUAAUUGACGAUUAAACGUCAGUGAUUGUUUAUGUAUUUGUGUGUUAACGUUUCUUUCUCUGAAUUAUGUGUAAAAGCCGACAUUUUAAUUUAAAAUAUUAUUUAUUUAUUUUCUUCUUCCACCACCACGAAUCAGUUAAUAAACAUUUAUAAUAAAUUCAGUUAAUCACGUCACUCACCAGGAAUAAAUAUCAGUAUUCAAUACAUCUUACUCAUUCAAUAUUAACAUAUCUAAAUUUAAUUAAAAAAAAAAAUCACGACAAAAUAUAUUUAACUCUUACAUCUCUCCAGUGUAUAUGUGAAUAAAUUCAAGUGUAAGUGCUCCAAAAAAUUGAAAAAAAAAAAAAAAAAGUGUUAUGUUUGCUUAUAAAAUAAUUGUUCAUAAUGAACAAUAUAAAAAACAAUAUUAAAAAUGAAAUUAAAUAAUUAAUAGUAACAAUUUUAAAACUGUCAAAUAAAACAGUUAAUAUUAUUUUAAUAUUAUAAUUAAAAUUUAAUUUUAUCAACAAAAUGGCUUCAAGUCAUAAUGUCGAUGUUAUUGAACUUGCUGAAAGUAGGAGUAAUCGAGGACCUGACACAUCCUCGAGACUUGAUGACUCUGGUGAUGAUGAAGACAAGUCAACGACUGGUGAAAGGGUUACAUUUGACAGUUCAGUUAUUCAACAUGAAGCAGGAGGUACAAAAGCAACUUCAGCAAUGGCUCGAAGUAAAUCAGAGAAAGAACGUAAAAUUGGCCACAGAAGGGUUGGUGUUGGUGGAGAAAUUACAUACAAAAAGAUUCAAUCAACACAAAUUAUGGGAUCUAUACAAUUGGGUAUUCAACAUGCUGUUGGUGGUCUUGCAAGUAAACCAGAAAGAGAUUUAUUAAUGCAAGAUUUUAUGACUGUUGAAACAACAAAUUUUCCAAGUGAAGGAUCAAAUCAUACACCAGCACAUCAUUUUUCGGAAUUUAAAUUUAAAAAUUAUGCACCAAUUGCAUUUAGAUAUUUUAGAGAUCUAUUUGGUAUUCAACCUGAUGAUUUUUUGAUGUCAAUGUGUAGUUCACCAUUACGAGAAUUAUCAAAUCCUGGUGCAAGUGGUAGUAUAUUUUAUUUAACUGAAGAUGAUGAAUUUAUAAUUAAGACUGUACAACAUAAAGAAGGUGAAUUUUUACAAAUGCUAUUACCUGGUUACUAUAUGAAUUUAAAUCAAAAUCCAAGAACAUUAUUACCAAAAUUUUUUGGUUUAUAUUGUUAUCGUUGUAAUAGUAAAAAUGUUAGAUUAAUUGCAAUGAAUAAUUUAUUACCAUCUGCUGUUAAAUUACAUCAAAAAUAUGAUUUAAAAGGUUCAACAUAUAAAAGAAAAGCAAGUAAAAGUGAACGUUCUAAAAGAUCACCAACUUAUAAAGAUCUUGAUUUUAUGGAACAUCAUCCAGAAGGUAUUUUACUUGAAGCUGAUACAUAUGGUGCACUUGUUAAAACAAUACAAAGGGAUUGUCGUGUACUUGAAAGUUUUAAAAUAAUGGAUUAUUCAUUACUUGUUGGUAUUCAUAAUCUUGAUCAAGCUGCACGUGAAAAAUCAGAAGAAAGAUUAUCAAUAACAGCUGAAGAUGAAGCAGGUGAAGCUGGUUAUGAAAGUGGUAGUUUUAUACAAGUUGAACGUGAUAAAGAACGUGAUGAAAGAAUUGGUGCUGCUGCACUUAAUCGUUCACGUAGUAUUAAUCGACAAAGAUUAGUUGCUCACAGUACUGCUAUGGAAAGUAUACAAGCUGAAAGUGAACCAAUUGACGAAGAAGAUGACGUACCCAGUCCCGGUGGUAUUCCAGCAAGGAAUGCACGUGGUGAGCGUCUUCUUCUUUUUGUUGGUAUCAUUGAUAUUCUACAGAGUUAUAGAUUCAAAAAAAAAUUAGAACACACAUUAAAAUCAAUGAUACACGAUGGGGACACUGUGUCAGUUCAUCGUCCUGGUUUUUACGCUCAACGCUUCCAGGAUUUUAUGGCUAAAACUGUAUUCAAGAAAAUUCCAUCACUGGAUCUGCCUGAGAUUAAAGGAAAUCAUCGCAAAUUCCGUAACCUCGUCACCAGCUACAUAGCUCUCAAACAUUCCCCAUCAAAACGAAAAAGUAUAUCAAGACCAUUGAGGCCUCUCGAGGGUGACUUUGAUUCAACUGUGGUAACGGCAACCGGAAGUACGGCAUUGCAUGAUACAUCACCCACAAAACCCGAGAGUUCAACUAAAUCAGAUGAAAAUAUUCAACCAGCAACAACUACAACGACAAUGCCAACAUUAACAACAACAACAACAACAACAAUAUCAACAGCAAAAACAACAACAACAACUAGUGCAUCAAUAGCAAUAAUAUCAGUACCAAUAGCAACAUCAACACCAAUAAAUUUUCCAACAUCAACAUCAUCAUCAACAACAGCAACAACUGGUCAAUCAAUAAUACAACCACAAUUACAAAAUAAUACUAAUACAACAGUACGUUCAAGUUAUCCAGCAGUAUUAAAAGGUAGAAAUGGUGCAACACCACCAAAUCCAAAUUUAAUACCAUCUGGUAAAAUACCACCACCAGUACCACCACGUGGUGGAGGUGGUAGCAGUGGUAGCGGUGGUUGUGCUAAAAAAUUAAAUGAUGAUGAACAACGUGGUAAUAUAUCAUCAUCAUCAUCAACAUCUGGUCGAGGUGGCACCCUUCCUUCAACCUGCUCAACCCCACCCCCGCCUUUUGAUGAUGCUGUGAGAUCAAAUGAUCCAACACUUGCAUUUGGCGGACAUCUACAUGGUGCUAGUAGCAUUUUAACGAGUCAUAUCAAGCAAAGUAAAAUUAUUCAUCAUGUUUCACUUACCAAAAAUUAUCAUCAUGACUCUGUUAGUAUAUCUGAUGUACAUCUUGAAAACAGUGGUGGUAGUGGAGGUAGUGGAAGUGGUGGUGGUGGUCGUGAAACAAAAUCAUCAUUGAGUGUUGAAAGUGGUGGUAGUAAUCGUGGUGGUGGUGGUGGUUUAAAUUGGACACCACCAGCUGGUAGUGCUGAGGGUUCAACACCAACAUGGACUGAAGGAACACCAUCAUUUACUGAAAGUUCAAGCAGUGGUGAUGUUGGCUGCCCAACAACACCAACUAAAAGACACCAUCAAAAUAAUGUUAGAGGAACAAUUGCAGCAACUGUUGAAGAAGCACUUGCAAGUUUAACAACUGAAAUGCUAUUUGCACAAAUUAGGAAAUACUACAACGUGAGUGAAGCAUGAAGAUGUUUUUCAUAAUGGAUUUGAUCAAAUGGAUAAACAAGACAACUUUUUAUCAACAAUUAUAUCAACUGAUUGUGAGGAUAACAAUCUCAAUAAUCAAGAUCAAGUACUACUAUUUUAUCGUCUUGCUUUAAUCUCAGUUUGAUAAUUAAAAUCAAUAAAAUUUAUUAAACUAAUAUCAAAAAAAAAUAAUAAUUGUAAAUCAACGAUAAAUACUAUCAACAAAUUAUUUUUAAUCUUGAAUAUAUUUUUAUUUCUUCUUUUCAUUUGUUAUAAUUUUCAUCAAAAUUAAUUUAUUCAAAAAUUAUUAUCGGAAAUAAUUUAAUAUAAUAAUUGUUAGAUAGAAAUUUUAUUUUUAAAAAUUAACUGAAUUUUAAUUCAGUUUUAAAUAUUAAUUUCGAAAUUUUUUUUUUAGAAAUAUAUAUAUUGUGAUCUAUUUAAAGAAAAAAAAUUAAUAAGCCAAAAUUUGAGAGACUCGUUUAAUGUUUUAUGAUGAUAAUUUUUAAUAAAUAUUUAAAAAUUCGGAAUAUAAUUAAUAUUUUUUGUAAAUAGUAGUCUAUAUAUUUUAGAAAAUAUAAAAAAAAAAAAUUGUUACCUCGGAUGUGAUUUUAUUCCGAGGAUUUAAAACAAAAAUUGAAAAGCAAUUACUUCUAUAUUGUACUUCUGUGUCGAAUAUUCUGUCUGUGUCUUUAUCUGUAUGAUUAUUAACAAAGUCCGUGUAAAAUAAUAGUAAAAAAAAAAAAGCAAAUUGAAUGUUAAGAAUUUAAGUAGAUAUGUGUACAAAAAUAUAUCUAUAUAUAUCCAGUUUGCCUUAUUGAAAAUGAAACUCUUAGACUUUCUUGAAUUCGAUUUCGACAAACGAAAAUAUAAAUACAAUAAUACAAAAAAAAAAUAAAAAUAAAAACACAAACAAAAAUAAUACAAACGACAAAUUAAUUUAAUAAUGAAAUAUUUUUUUGUCAAUAAUUCGAGUAUGUUUAUUUCCAUUUAAUUGGAAAUUUAUUUUUAAAUAUUAGUCAGGUUUUGAAAAAAAUAUGUCACUUAAUUAUUUUAUCUGCAAGUUUAUAUUAUUUUAAAAUAUUAAUAGAUCUCGAGUGUAUACGUUUUUAAAACCAAAAUGUUGUUCAACAUUAUUAUUGUUAAAUGAAUACGAUAUAAUUUUAAAAUGAUAAAUUAGAGGUCGUUUUACGUGAGGAAAAUCUACGUGUACAAAAAUUAAAAACUAGAUUUGAUUGAAAAAAAAUUCGCGACAAUAGAAAUUUAAAAAUUCUAAAAUCCUUCCAAAUGUUUUAGACAGUUUUAGGCUGUUAAAAACGACAACAAAAAAAAGUACUUAGUUUGCGCAUUUAUUUUGUCAAAUUGUGGUUUUUAAUUUAAUUUUUUUUUUUAGAUUAUUAUCAGGUGUAUUUUAAUUUUGUUAAAUAGGCAUGAAAAUUUUAAUUUAAAAAGAAACAAAUUGAUUGUGAUUCACUUGCUUUAAUUAUGCUUUUAUUUUUUAUAAAUAUCACUGGCACAAAAUUGAAAAUUAUUGAAAAUUAAAUUAAAUUAAUUAUUUGAGUUUUAUAAAAUUUAAUUCAGAGACGAUCAAAGCUUGGAUCUCAUGAUCGAUUGAGUGGAACUCAAAUUACAAAUUGGGGAGAUGAUUCAGCAUCAGAUGAUAGUGACUCCAGUAAUUUUUAAAAAAGUCUCAAACAAAAAACACAAAAAGCAAGAUUAAAAAUUGAUUUAAAAUUAGUCGAGUGAAUAAUACAAGUAAAAAUUAAUCGAAAUAAUCAUGCCCGUUUAACUUAUUUAAAUUUUGUUUUUAUUUAAACAAAUUACAAAAAACAUAUCUUUAAUUUAAAACAGAAAAAUAUUAAUUUUAUUUUUAAUUAAUGAUGGUGGAAUUGAUAAAAAACAAAAAUAAUAAUGAAAAAUGUUUCAUCUAUUUUUUAACAACAUACGAAAGUAAAUAAAUAAAAAAAAAUAGAUAAAACUUUAGUAAUUUUAUAGAAUUUUUAUUUUAUGCUUUUUGUAGUUUUAAAUUUUUUUUUCUUUUUUUUCUAACCGCCGCAUUUAUUAUUGAUACAUUACCAAAUGAAUGAAAAAAAAUAAUUAGGAUUUGCUUAUUUAGAUUUUCUAAAGCGGCCUAAAUAAAAACAAUUUUUUUUUUUUUUAUAAUUUUAUUUUUUUAAUGAAAAAAUACUCAGUUGCGCAAUUGCAAUAAAUACAAAAUAAUAAUAAUACAAAACACAAACAAAAAUACAAAUAUUUAAAAAUAAAAAAAAUGUAUAAUUGUUAGUUAGACAUGCACGAUGAUAAAUUUACCACAAAAAGACUAAAAAAAAAAAAAAUAUUAAAACCAAUUAUU